GGUUUUGCGUUUUACUAAACUGCCCUUCGAGACGCGCGCGCGCGCGGUGAGGAGGAAUUGCGCAGGUGAGAGGAUCCGCUCCCUCUCUCUCUUGGCAACUGCGGCGAGGACUGGAAUGCCCGCCCGGCACAACCAAGCGAUCAACGGCGCACCUGUGUGUGUUUCGGUUGCGGCGCGGCUACGCCCGUUGAGAGAGCGGCUCCCGGCGCCAUGUUGGUACGUCGGCGGCAUCGGUGACGUUCGGCGCGUUUGCGGCCGAUUUGAAAGAAGUGUGCGCUUCGACGGUCGGUUGCCGGUGGUCACCAUGGGCCGCUCGGAGCUGUCUCUGGGCCGCAAGGCUGCCUACCUGUUCGCGGCCAUCAGCCUUCUGCUCGUCUUCAUCGCCUUCACGACGCCUUACUGGCUCGCCUCAGACCCGCGCGUGUACAGCGCGCAACUCCUGCAGCUCGGCCUCUGGGAGACAUGCUUCCGCAGCUUCGCCGACCCCAGGGACCUGAACAUGGAGAAGUACUACGUCGGCUGCCGCUGGAUUUUCGCGUACGAGUACAACACGCUGCGCGACUUCAUCGAGAUCCCAUUCUUCGUGGCAGUUCAAGUGUUCUUCACCAUUGGCUUCACGUUGCUGCUGCUCGCCUGUGUCCUGCUGCUGGCCAUGCACAUUUGCCUGCCUUCAGCAAGAACUCUUCAGUUGCUCAAGGUCGUCAUUGCCUUGCUUCUGGCAUCAGCGGUAUGCAACACGAUAGCAGUCAUAACGUUUGGCGCCCGUGGUGAUGGCCGUGACUGGAUGCCAGACCCUGACCACAACUUCCUGUCGUGGUCCUUUGCCCUGGGUGUAAUCGGGGCUUUCUGCACCUACGUUGCCGCAGUGCUGUUUGCAGUGGACAGUCGACGCAUGGCACGCAAACUGGACGAACAAGAGCACCAGCAACAAGCUUUCGGCAUGAAUCCAACGCACACCAUGGGUGUGCCACCCCAGACCCGUGCCUGAAGUCAGUGCAUUCCAUGACUUUGCUCGCAUAGAAUCAUGUGAGUGGAAAGAGAACAGAGCCUGGCAAGAUGGUGAAGUUGCAUUCUUUACCUCUCUACCGACAUCCUUUGAGACAGCCAAUGAAGACAUCUGAUCAGUUGUCUCCAAGGCCUCUACCUUGUGCCCCUGUAGCUGAACUAAUCCAGGCAAUCUCCAACUGGAUUCCUCGAUUCUUCAGCUCAGUGCAAUCCUCUCACCAUCUGUGUUAUUUCAUUUACAUAACACAGCAGGCAUAUGUAGUAGGGGAGUAAGUUGGGCCACAUAACUUCAUCUUGUCUUGUUCGCAGUAGUUAACGACAGCGCCCAACUUGCACCUUAUGAAGGGCUAGGGAGAUGUACCACUUUUUGCUACUGGAUUGAAUAACGGCCUACUCUGAAAUAUUUCACUCUUAACAAGUCUUUCUAAAACCUAGCCUUUGGUUUAAGCAGCUAAAGAUAUGCACGUCUAUCUCAGGAGCAAUAGGAUAUUCAAUCUGUCGUCAUUGAAACAAUUAUGGAAUGCUUAAACCAUCCAAAAUGUGCAACACUGAGUAAUGUACAAGUUUAGCGCCACUUGGAUAACCUGAGGUGUUGUGUGAAGCUGUUGCGCAUGUGAGAACCACAGUAAAACGUAGUCCCAUGUAAACUUGCCUCAAGCAAAUUUGCAGAAUCCACCUUUCAAUUAGUAUGGACUUUAGCAGUGGAAGAGCAGAGAAAUUUGGGGUGCAUAUUUAGUGUGCUUAUUUGUGGCACUUUUUACAGCAAGCUAAUAAACUUGGUGGUUCUUCCCUGAUGAUUGCUAUGAAUGGAGCAUAGUUAUCUGCUGUUAAUCUCCUAAAUUCUGUCAGUUAUAGGAACGAGCUGAAGAAGAGUGAUGUUUUUGAGACUUGCAAGAGGCCUGCAGAAACCUUUUUAGACACGUUAUAUGAGACGGAGCUUAAUUGUGUCAACAUAACCAAUGCACCACUGUAACUAUAAAAUAAUAAUUAAUGUGACAUGUUUUCAAGUUGGAAAGCUACAGUGAUCAUUUAAUAACUUGAGGCUAGCAUCAUUCCAAAAGGGGGCACUCGUCUUCAGGAACAGUGAUGCAGGCGAGACUGGAUCCUGUUUUGUGAUCUGACUUUAUGUUAAGGCAUCAUAAGUCAAAGGCAUUUAUUGUGUGUCAGACAUUUUACACAAAUGACCGAACAUUGAUUUGUCAUGUUUGUAUGGUAUGUCAUGGAGACAUAUACGAAGUAUGUCUAAAGGGAACUCAUUACAUUUUUCCAGGCUGCAAUUCUUUCAUCUGAGCACUUUUAACAAGCAGUAUCGUGCCUCUGUGGCUGGUGUUUACUUGAAACAAACGUUUUUUGUGAAACUAGGGAGCAGUUUGCCACGUUGUGCAUCGACUUUCUAGCUUCGAAGUCUAAUUGCUUCUGGGAGCAGUAGUGUUCAGGUAGUCGGUUAAUGAGUAAAGUCUUCAAAGACAAUACAAUGCUACAAGUUCUCAGGCAAUCUUCAUACUUCUGCCUGUAAAGAAAUGGCAAUGGUCUAGUAAUGCAGCACAUGAAAUAAAUUCGUUUAGUUGUUUGUGCGUUGCUUAACCUACAUCUACAACAAUGUUCCAUGUGAAUGAAUAUUGCAAUCUGACAUGAUACACAGAAAAUAGAAGCAGACAUGUGACUAGUUGGCCAUAUUUUUUUGUGUCAUGUGAUCAGAAAUGCUUUCAAAAUAGCAUCCUCAUGAAGCUGUGCGAGUUUAACACUGCUUUGCUGUUGAGUAGUCUAAGAGUCUGUAAAAAUGCUUAAUAUGCAGUUGUAAUCGGCAUGCACAACUGAAUUUUCUGGCCAGCAUUCCAUCCAUCAAAGUAUAAUGACAUGCAGAUUUGAUUUAUUACAGAAGGAUGCCUUCAUGUUUACUGGCAGAAAAGGUAGUGCCCUUCACUACUUGGCUAGCAUCCCUACAUUCCAUUCUUUACAUUCCAACUACAAGCUGUUUCAGUGGACAUAACUUGUUCUCUGUUCUUCAGUAUAGCUAAAAGUCUUGCACUUUGAACCUUGUAGACUAGAUUCCGGUAUGACGUUUCAUUCUUGAUGUGAAUCUCUAAGUAGUGUGCCAUCUGAUGCCUUGUCAAGAUGCCCUCACACACUUUUGCUGCAUUUUUAAUUUGUAUUUCAUCUUACUGGAAUGAAUUAUGUGAUUUUAUUAUAUGAAUCUCAGCCUGAUUGUUCCACCCUUGUUCGUUGUGACUGGUAUUUAAUGUUCAUGUCAUUCCACCUUUGCCUUUUCAAAAAACUUAGUGCUUGUGUGUUGCCUGUGUUUUCCUGAAGCUUUUAGAAUAUACCUACUUUGAGAAGUAAAACGUAGUAGGUGACUUCUUUUUAUUGAGAAGGGUAGAUUUUUUAUUGUUUCACAGAAAAAAAUAUUGAUCAAACAAUUUCCACAGGAGUUGUGCCUCACUCUCCCAUCCGUCCAUUGAACUUUGUAUGCCUGCGUGUAAUCGGAGGCGCUAUUUUUUAAGGUGUUCAGAGUGUGUGUGCCAAUGUGCUUUUUAUAUAGAGGGUUCUGGCUGGUGCCAUGAUGCUGGAGCUUUUUGUAGGAAAAAUAUUUACACAAGUCGUGCACCAUUCUUGCACAGUGUUUUGUAUUAUCCCUGCUGUUUUGUUUCUGAGGGAACCAUUUGUAAAUAAAAGAAAUAUUGCGCCGCUUGUUGUUUUUCUGUUGCAGCCAUCUCAUAUAUGUGAAAUGCAAGCAGGAGUUAAGCAUUGCUCAAAGCAAGAAAGGAUGCCUUCACGUCUGCACUGGGUUGUGUCUUGAGAUUGCACUUGUCAUAACUUGUAUGGCUGUGGUGCUAGUCUCAAAUCAUUGCGCUGGCACGUGAUGGAUUUCCCCCCCCCCCCCCCUGUUUCUGCAGAAUAAAGAUGUGAUGACCAGCA